AUGGCCCAUCGAGGCGAGGGCACGACCACGCUCCCCGGUACCCUACCGCCCGACGCCUUCUUCUCCAAACACGCCCACUCUACGCUGCGCACCGCCGCGCACGCAUCGCACGAGCGCACCCCGUCCUCCGCCUCCGGCCACAUGCACCACCAUGCGGCCGGUGCUGCUGAGAGCACCUCGCCCGCGAAGCGGCGCUACGUCGCGGACGCGCACGGCCUCGAGAUCAUCAAAAAGAUCCGGCAGGGCGAGGUCGAGCUGCGCGAUCGCACCAUCGUCCUGUGCGGCAUCAAAGCCAACAUCCGUCCAGCUCGCUUUGCGAAGCUGAGGGCCAUCAAGGACGCGAAGAAGCCAGGCAAAGCCCCCACCGCGAUCCCCGCUGUCUCAGGUUUAAAACGCCUCCGCGGCCGACAUCGUGGCGGCGCAGGGGAAAGAGGCGGUGGUGAGCGGGGGCGUAGGCGUGGACGAGGACAGAGACGGGGUCGGGAAGGGAAAGGUUAG